AUGGAUUCUGCAAGAAUCCUGAAGGCGGUUCUUUCACAAGAGACCGCUGUAAACUGCGCAGCUGAGUUCGGACAUGCCGAAACUGUUAAAAUUUCAGGCGAAAACGGCGUUGACCUGAACGCUAGGGAUGUGUGGCAGGGAACAGCUCUUGAUGUUGCUCAAAGAGAAGAUGUUCGCAGUUUCUUAUCGAUAAUUGUCGCUAAAAAAGCGAACCAAAAGAGGAUCGAGGAUUAG